AUGGAGAGCUCAGAGGCCGUGACGCAGGAACCCAGGCCGAAGUCAGCUUUGUGGGGGGGCACACCGCAAUACAACUAUGUCCGCUUUGAGAAAUGCACUCGUUACGGGAUCCCUCUGGAGGCAGGACGCGAGGCCGGGGGGACAGGGGACGACCUGCACUACCUGGAGAACUCCCUCAGCUACCCACAGCUUUACGGCCAAUACACAGACCAGAUAACCGACUUUGCAGAGAAGGAAGCAGCAAAACUACUGAAUAAGAAGCAGGCCCAAAAGAACAAUGAAAGACCCCUGAAACGUGAGAGUCAAGUAGAGAUCAAAGAAGAGCACUAUUCCAAAUGUCAAGACUGUGCUAGACGCCUCCAGAAGUAUGUUACCAAGAAGCUUGGAGAGGACUGGAUUUUCUUGGUUCUGUUGGGUCUGGUCAUGGCGUUGGUGAGCUGGGGAAUGGAUUAUGCCAGUGCGAAGAGCCUCCAGGCCUACAAGUGGAUGUACAGAGAGCUGCACCCGAACAUUGCUAUGCAGUAUCUGGCGUGGGUCACGUACCCACUUGUUCUUAUUCUGUUUGCGGCCAUUUUCUGCCACCUCGUCUCUCCACAGGCUGUUGGGUCUGGGAUCCCAGAGCUCAAGACCAUUAUGAGAGGAGUGGUCCUCAAGGAGUAUCUCACUCUCAAAGCUUUUGUGGCCAAAGUUGUGGGCCUCACAGCUGGGCUUGGAAGUGGCAUGCCUGUGGGGAAAGAGGGUCCUUUUGUGCAUAUUGCCAGUAUCUGUGCUGCGGUCCUCAGCAAGUUCAUGUCAAUCUUCUGUGGUGUGUAUGAGCAGCCAUAUUAUUACACGGAUGUCCUGACUGUGGGUUGCGCUGUGGGGGUCGGCUGCUGCUUUGGGACACCACUUGGAGGGGUCCUUUUCAGCAUCGAGGUCACUUCCACCUACUUUGCGGUGCGCAAUUAUUGGAGAGGAUUCUUUGCAGCUACCUUUAGUGCCUUCAUUUUCCGAGUCCUUGCUGUUUGGAACAAGGAUGCGGUUACCAUCACAGCCCUGUUCAGAACGAACUUUCGCAUGGAUUUCCCCUUUGAUCUGCAAGAGCUGCCAGCGUUUGCUGUAAUAGGGAUAUGUUCCGGAUUCCUUGGAGCGUUUUUCGUUUAUCUCAAUCGCCAAGUGGUCCUGUGCAUCCGGCGUCAUACGGCUCUGAGCCAGUUUCUCACCAAAUACCGCCUCGUAUACCCUGGGGUUAUAACCUUCCUUAUAGCAACUGUGACCUUUCCUCCUGGAUUUGGGCAGUUCAUGGCAGGAGAGUUGAUGCCACGGGAAGCCAUCAGCUCUCUCUUUGAUAACUAUACCUGGGCAAAAUACACAGGGGACCCUCAGAUCCUAGGGAAAUCUGCUGCCUGGAUCCAUCCCAAAGUCAGUGUCUUCAUCAUCAUCCUGCUCUUCUUCCUCAUGAAGUUCUGGAUGUCCGUCAUUGCUACCACGAUGCCAAUCCCCUGUGGAGGCUUCAUGCCUGUUUUUGUUCUAGGUGCUGCGUUUGGGCGUCUGAUUGGAGAAAUCAUGGCAUCGCUUUUUCCCAACGGGAUCCUCUUUGAUGGUAUUCUUUAUCAAAUCUUACCUGGAGGAUACGCUGUCAUUGUCGUCUUCUCUCCCUAUUCCUUUUCCACCCUACCUGGGGAAGGUGCAGCAGCUCUGACAGGAGCGGUGAGCCACACUGUCUCCACUGCUGUGAUCUGCUUCGAGCUGACGGGUCAGAUCUCUCACAUUCUCCCCAUGAUGGUGGCUGUCAUUCUCGCCAACAUGGUGGCCCAGAGUCUGCAGCCCAGCCUCUAUGACAGCAUCAUCCAGGUGAAGAAGUUGCCCUACCUGCCAGACCUGGGCUGGAAUCACAUAAGCAAAUACAAUAUCUUUGUUGAGGAUAUUAUGGUCCAAGAUGUGAAAUUCGUUUCCUCCAACUGUAAAUACCGAGACUUGCAAACCCUACUGCAAAGCACCACUGUUAAGACUUUGCCUUUGGUGGACUCACCAGAGACCAUGAUCCUCCUGGGGUCCGUAGAGCGAUCUGAACUGCAGGCUCUCCUCCAGAGACACAUCAGCCCAGAGCGGAGACGGCUCCUCAACAGAGAAAAGCAGCAGAAGCUGUCUGAAGCACCCUACGAUGGGCACAGCAAGGGACCGUGGGCAACCCUGCCAAAGCUGAAGCAUGAAUCUUUUCCUUACGUUGAUGAGGAUGAGGACACAGAUGAGAAGGGAGAGCUGCCUUGGCCCCCGAGUCCCACUCCCAGUUACCUAGAGGAGCCCAACGGCCCAACAAGCCCUCUGAAACAAAUGCCUGAAAGUCUGGAGGCACAGCAACUGCCAGGUGCUGAUUUCCCAGAGACUGGGAGAAGGAGCUUUGGCCGCUGUUGCUGUGUUAAAGGCACUUUCAGGAGUUUGAGGCAACUGAUCCAGCAGCUCUUGUGCCAUUACAACCGUCCACUUGAAACGGAGAGCACCGUCCAGGAGCCGGUGGAAGUUGACACAAUGAGGCCAGAAGAGAUAGAUGCUUGGGAACAGGAGGAGCUGAACAAGGACGUCUGCUUUGACAGCUGCCGCAUAGACCCUUCCCCUUUCCAACUGGAAUCCCUACACAAGACACACACGUUGUUCUCAUUACUGGGCCUCAGCCAUGCCUACGUAACCAGCAUGGGGAAGCUGAGGGGAGUGCUGGCUUUGGAAGAGCUCCAGAAGGCAAUAGAGGGCUCCACACGCUCUGGAGUCCGCCUCCGCCCACCCCUUGCCAGCUUCCGCGAUACCAACCGGACUUCCAUCAGCAGUGAGAAGGUCAGUGAGGCCACUCAGGUGUGGAGCCGCCAGGCCAACUGUAUGGUGGCAGCAGAGCAAGCAGCAGACUUGGGCACAGAGAGCCCAGUGCCUCCCUGCUUGCACUCCCCCCAGCCCUCACCCUUGCACGAAGAGGGGGAAGCCCUGUGCUCCACUUAUGCCACUGAUACUGAGUUGGAAGAGAUGGAGCUGACAGGGCCAGUUGCUGAAAACAUCUCAGAUAUCCUCAGGGACAUAAGCCUACACGCCACUGACCUGGAUGAGGAUGAAGAUGAGGAUGUCCCCUUAUAG